CAGCUGAGCCAUGAAUCUCCUAGUAGAGGAUCGAGGUCCAUAAAUAAUAGGCUCGAAAUAGAGACUUGGCUGUUUUGCGCGUUUCUUAUGUUCACUUCAGGCGACAACAACAAUACAUGUUAGAUGUUUCAAAUACUCUGCAGAACCUUGCAAGAUGGCCGAGUCAAACGAGUGUUUUAAUAUUGGGAGCACAGUUAGUUGCAAGACUUGUUUCCAUGAAGAGUUGCAGGGCGAAGUGUUAGCGUUCGAUUCUCACGUGAAGCUUUUAACCUUGAGAUAGAAGAGGUAACUUGGGUCGGUCCCAGUAUUUUAGUGAUGAACCAUGUUGUGAUCAACCCACCUUAUCUACCAGAAAAUGUCAGAGAGCAUAAGGAUAGCAAAGAGCCCAAUAUGAAAACACUUAGUUACAUCAGGAAAAUUGUGGAUAAAUUCCAUAAAGAUCAACAAAAUGUGACCCUAAAUAAUGGAACCAGUGUAGCUUCAAUUGUAGCAGAAGUUCAACCAGUAUCACAGUGAACACAUUUAAAUGAAGGAGUCAUUAGAAAAAAAAUGCUUGUAUAGAUCAUUUUUGUAUGAUUGAAGACUAUAGUGAUGAGAGUUGUAUGAUUGUAAUGUUUUAUGAAAGUGCAAUCUCCGAAUUUCCUUUUAUAUGUAACUAUGACUUGUUAUGGUUAUCUAAACCCCUUGGUCUUUGAAAAGGGUUUUUGGAGAUACAGUAAAAUGAAAAUUGUUUCUAUGCAAAAUCGAAAAUGUAAGUUUUCGGAUAUCACAUGAUCUUUUCAGUCAGUUUUCUGAGGAAGUAGAUGAAGAAUUAUUUACAAUGACAGAGGAUUUGUCAAAAAAUAAAUUGUAUUAUACAGUAGUUGGACUGCACAGAAUUUUACAUCUCAUAAUAUUAAACAAUGAAUUAAGUUUUUAUCCAUCGUAUUGUUUUACAUAGCAUGUGUAGUCUAUAACAAAAGAUUUAUUCUCUUUAAAGUGACGACUUUAUCUUUCUUGUUAGUACAGAUGAUAAACUUCUGUUGAAUUGUUGUUUCCACCAAUUGGGUUAUUCCAAUCAAACCUUUCAAUAUGAUUCCAACAGAGGAGAUGAUUUGUAACCAUGGCUUAUAUAUCUUUUGUAAUCUUCCAAAUUUAUUGUUUGCUAAAUGUAUAUGUACCCUUGUAGAACAAAAUUUGUCAUUGUUCAUUAGGGAAUUUUGUUAGACUUUUUCCAAAUGUUAUUGGGUCUGAAAUUUUUCAAGUAUGCUUUUUGUUUAUGCAAAAUAGAUUAUUGUGUUUUUUUUUAUGUGGAAGUCCCCCUCCCUUUAUGGAACAGAUGAGUUGGCAAGUGUAAGUUGGAAUUAUUCAUUCUCCCAUUCCCUUUAUGGCAGUAAUUAAAUGUAAUUGAUUAUGAGUUCAGGGUAGUUAGGUGAUGAGACCCCCAUACAAUUCAUGACAAUCUCUCGAACUGUUUAUGCUUAAUCUCCACAAAUGAUUUAUUAAGCCGUUUUAACCUGUGCCGCACACCUAACGCAGGAAAGAGAACUCAUGGUCAGGGAUGGUUGGUUGUUUCUGCCAUUUUGGGGCCAGUCCUAUGACAGCUAAGUAAAUUAGUUCAGUGUCUGGUAAACUACUUAACAAUCUUCCUUAAUUGUUAAGUACUGGAAAAUCAUGCUGGUAAAAUUUUUAGUAGUAGUAGUAGAACAGUAAGUGCUUAGCAUUUCUUCAGAAGAUAAACAAGAACUAAGCCAUGGUACAAGAAUUGUUUGUUUCUAUAUGUGGUGAUUUUGUUGCUGGGUACUUAUAUGUUGUUAGACAGUGUUAGUAUAUAUUUUAUUUUGUUUGUGUUUUAGAUUUUUUCUAUUUGGCUUAUUAUGGCAUAAAAAUAUCCUCAAUACAUUAAUUUUGAAUGACUGAUAGAUUAUUUUGAGUAGUAAUUCCAUGCCUGAAAUAAAUUAAUAAUAUGAGGCUGGGUUAGAUUUUUGUAAUUGAAGAAUAUUUUGAUAAUGCAGAUAUUUGCUUCAAGUAUUUCAAGUUUAUUUUUCUGGUGAUUAUGUUUUUUAUUAUUAUUAUUAUUAUAUAUAGCAAAUACCAUCUUAGUAAUUUUGAUUUUAAUGUUGAGUCAAAGUCUUAUGCGGUCAUCAUUUUCAUUCUUAAACUACCAUCCUGUUUUACUGUUGUUGAUAUUUCACAGCAGUGAUGACUUAUUUUUGUGUACUUUUCAAAACAUUACUCCUGUGUUUCUUAGUGGAUUGCAUGGUUCCUUCAAGUUAAUUUCAUGAAGUCUCACUCUUUGGAUAUUCAUAUGUUUAAACAUUUUUGGAAAGAUUGAUAUACAGUGAGUUCAAAUACUUAUAAUUUCAGAUACCUUUGAAAUGGAAUGGAACAGCAAAAUACAUAAUUUUUAUAAAGUUAUUGCUAAUCAGUCAGGUUUUACCAUUGUGAUUGUCUGUGGGAAUUGUACCUCACCAAUGAAAAAAUUCUCAUACCCAUCAUGGAGAUGUAACCAAAAGAUAGAAGAUACUUGGUGGAAAGUCAGAUUCUACAGCAAUUGCAUGAUUGUACCUAAACUGCAUUUUCAUUUUGCUUUUUCUUUGGCUGAAAGAAUGAGAUUCUAUGCAAUUUUUAAUUUACAUUUUAAUCACAAGAAUGUAAUGUCAUCUGUCUCUUUUCAUUCUUGUGAAACAUUUACAAAAAUGAUCAUAAAUUUAGAUUUUUUAAUAGAAUACAUUUACAAAAGACAUUUCAUAGCAAGGUUAUUUAUUUUGGUUAUAAGUUAACUGUGAUUACCUAUUUUGUUGGAAUGCUGUACCCUAUUCCAUGUUCAGUGAUUGUGGAUGCUUCUUUCUUUCUGACUUAAAUGAAAUCAUUUUAAUUUGCCCAUCCAUCUUUGCCUACUUGUCCCUAUUUUUUGACCGAGGUUAAGUUUGGAAAGUGGCAUCCACAGAUAUUGAGGGAAAGCAGCUCUUGGGUUCUGUCAGAAAUAUAUAUCCAGAAUCUUGAAAAGUGUCUGCAAGGUUUUAGGGACCCAAGUCAGAUCUAACCUGUAUCUCAUUCCGAGUUUUAUGUCUUGAAAUGCUAUCUUGUAUAUUGACUGUCUUGGCAUAGUUUCAGUUUUUAACUUCUUUUGCCUAACACCAAAUGGAAAGAGAGAGAGAGAGCUGGAAUCUCUCCAUUGCUAAGAAAGGCUAUUACUUAAAAGUAACUGCAUUACUUUGAUUUAUCCUUAAAUUAUAGUAAGCCUACCCAUUUCCAAAAAUCCCUUGGAAAUAGUUUGAUUUAUAUCUUGGGUAUCCAUGAUUUUUUUUUCUCUUCCAACACUACAGUAAUCCUAUACUUGGUCAUUAGGUUUACAUUCCUUAAAAUUGUCAAAAGCAUGAAUCUUGCAAGCAGUGUUAAGAUACAUAGAGUAAAAAGAGAAUUUAGAGUAAUUUCUUGGGAAAAACAUACGUUGUCAGGGCUAGUUAUAUAUUCUAAAGCACAAGGUUAUUGACCAUGACCAACCAUUUGUUUGAUCAGAAGCACUUCGAGAAUAGAAAAUGUGAUAAGAUAUUAGAUAAAUUAUUUUGAUGCCUUGCUAUUAUGUUAAAACAUAAUACUACCGAAAUGAAGCUACAAAUAAGUGGAAGAUUAUGCAUUCUUUGCUUCUGCUGAAUUUUUAGAUAUUGAAAAUAAGUAGUUAUUAGUACCUGGACUUGAAAACAUACUAAAUUGAAGUUAUAUUUUAACUUAAGAUUGUUGAUUGUAUUUGCGGCACUUAUUAGAUCAAGAAUACACAUACGAAAGCUAUACAGAUGGGUUGUAUACUGAGUGCAGUCUUAUUAAGGAGUGGUCAUGAUAUCUUUUUUAAUAACUUUUUCCAAUAAAUGAUUAGAAAGCAGUUCAUUUGUUUUCCAAAUAGUAGUUUAAAGUACCUGCAGUACAGUAUUUUUGUGGAUAGAGAUACAAACAUUAUUUAACCGCUUUAGACAUUUUCAGCAUUCUUGAAGUUAUUACAUUUUUUGUUUCAUUUUACUUUUCUUUGUAUUUAAAACACCACACUGGGAAAGUACUUUUGAAUUCGACGGACCAUUCAUCUUGACUCAAAUUUGGUAUACGCAUGUAAUUUCAAGGAUAUGUAAGGCUUGCUAAGUAAUAAUACAAGGUUGAGGAGGAUUACUGCAAGUGGUUUUGUUCCUGCAUUAGUGGAAUUGCGUAAACUACUUCUUAUAACUAAGGGGAAUUGCUUUUAUUCAAGAUUUAAUUGGACCAAUCAGCCAAGUACAGUAUUUGUAAGUACAGUAUAUAUAUUUUGCCAGUUAUGCAUUUAAGUCCCUCAGCUACCGCAGGUGUUCACUGGUUAUCAUUCAUGCCAUAUUUUAUGUUCAGAUAUUGUAAGGAAACCCUUUUGUGAUUUUACUGUUAAUGGAAUAAAGAAUCCAAGCAUACUAUCAAAGCAAAGGUUUUUAGAUUUUUUUAUUGUUUUGUGUUCAGUCUCCUUUGGAAAGGUAUUUCACCUCUGAUCUUGGUAUUCUUUUGUGAUUAAUCAUACGGAAAUUUUAUGAAAUUACCAUUUGGUUGUUAGAAUGAAGACAUGUAUAUUCCAGGAUGAUUAAAAUGCUUCAUUAAUACAACUGACUGAAUCUGUUAAUGAGAGAACGAUUGCAUGGACAGACUUCAAGGAUUAUUGUUUAUCAGAAUUUUUAUUUUUGUCUUGGCAUAAUCAAAUAACCAUCAAUAAAUAUGUUAUAAUGUUUUGAGGGACUAAAGCAUGAUGGUUUAUGAAGUUGAAGCUGCAGAUAGGUUUUAUAACAAAUAGGUUGUGUAGAUGAAGAUUGUACAGAACUUUGGCUUAGUAUACAGAUUACACAGUAGAUGCCUUUUGAUGAAUAUGCUCUACUGUUUAAUUAGGAGCCCUAGGCCUAGUGGUUCUUCAAAGAUGUUAUAUUUGAAAAUCGUGGUGUUCAAGGAAAGUAACAAUUUGCAUAAUCAGAAAUAUUGUUGCUAAGAUUGUUUCACAUUGCAAGAAGAAUAAGGUUCAAAGUUGUAUGGGUAAAGAACCUGAUCAUGAAUUAAGACUUUGGCUACGUGAAUCAUUUUCGUUAUUUAUGAAUGAGAACAGAUAUUCAAAUACAUAUACAUAUGCAUCACCGACUUUUUUUAUAGAAAAUAUUGGAUAUAUUGUGUUACAAGCUUCGAGGGAGACCAUUACCAGGAAGAAAAGAAGUUACAAUUAUUUGUAAUGUAUGAGAUGUAUAAACAGUAAAUAAAAAAGAAGUAUA